UCAUGUCGUCUUCAUCUACACCAGACCCGUCGACCGAACACAGCUAUACCAAAAUGGCCACCGCCGAUGUCGAAGCUAUUGGUGCCCAUUGUCAGAUGACUUUCUGUCAUCAACUCGACUUCCUUCCCUUCAAGUGUGAGAGCUGCAAAGGCAAAUACUGCCUGGACCACCGCUCAGAAACAGCACACUCGUGUCCCAAUGCCGGUGCUUGGGCAAGAGCGCGCGCCGACCAACAACGAUCCACCUACACUCCCUCGCCCAAGCCAUCCGUUCUCACUCACGAAUCGCAAUGUUCCGAACCCUCAUGCAAGACUCUCAUCAACACUGCUCUCGUCCCUGGUGUCGAGUGCGACUCCUGUAACGGCAGCUACUGCCUCAAGCACCGCCUACGAGAGUCUCACGACUGUGCCAAGCUCGCCCCUAUAGGAGCGCGUGCGAAUAAAGAGAAGGGUCUCAAUGCCCUGGCCAAGUUGCGAGCCUGGGGUCAGGCCAAACAGAAGACAAUGACGGCCGCCACAACCUCGACAGCUACAAAGCCUUCGACCUCAUCAGCCAAACCUCUCACCGCUGCUCAACGUGUACGCGCCACGGCCGAUCUGAAGAAGAACGCCAAGGGUGAUGCCAAAGUUCCCAUGGAGAAGCGCAUUUACAUCAAUGUCGAGGCCUCUGCCGACACGACAAAGGCAAAACACCCAACCGGCCAGUUCUUCUAUUCCCAAGAGUGGAGCAUUGGCAGAAUCCUCGACCUGGCUGCCACGUCACUGCAAGUCGAAAAUCUCAACAACCGUGUAGAUGGCGAGGCAGACAAGUUACGCGUCUUUCACGUUGAAGGUGGACGACUGCUCGACUUUGGCGAGAAGCUCGGUGCUGCCGUCAAGACCGGGAACACUCUGGUCCUGCUCAGAGGCGUCGGUCCACCCGUCCCGGAUCUUAUCGUUCUUGAUCCG